UCUGAGUCUCAUGUAGCGUCCUACAUAUGGAGGAGGGAGACUCAGGAUCUCGAUCUCACUGUUGAGAGAGCUGCGGAGCCUUUUGAUGUGGUGUAGGCGGGGCAUCUCUGGGAAAGUCUAUGUUGAGUUUGUGUACACCGACAGAAGGUGAUGGUGUUGGUGCUGAGGAAGUUCCUGGAGACAGAUCAAGAGACAAAGAGCAUCCUUUGUCUGUGACUGCAGUGACACUGUGCAGC